AUGGCUGUUCAUCAUCGUCAAUUAACAACCGAUCUUAAUUCUCAGUUAACAAAAAUAUCUUUGCCAUAUCAAUGUCGUAAACUACUGUUGUCAUAUGGAAUAUGGAACUCAUCAAUAAAUAUGAUUGAAAUAGUUCAUCAACAUCGUUCAGCGACAAAAUGUUUUCUGUCAAUGGGAUUCAUGAAAAAUUCAAAAUUAUAUAUUUACCCUGAGGAAGCAAUUUUUAUGAUGCAAUGCUCAUUAUUACAAGUAUCCAUAAAUAACCUAAAAGAAAAAAAUGCCAUUCCUAUAUCGCUUACUGAAGCAUAUUCAUUAUGGUUCAAUCAACCACGACUAAAUAUUAAACAUCUCCAUGUUUAUCAAUAUUUAACAAGAAUUGGAUUUACUCUAAUUCGGCAUCGAACAGAUAGAAACAUGAUUGAAACAGAAGAGAAUUUAUCAAAUAAGAAUAUUAAACGAAAACGAGAUGAAUACGAAAACGAAAUAAUCGAACCUCCAGAGGAAGAACAACACCAUCAAUAUGAAAACUAUACUUGUCCGAGGCAUUUAUCGUCGGAUUGUCAACGACAAUGGUUUCCAAACUAUACUGAUGAUCCACCUAUAGAUAUGAAAGCUUAUCCUCGUUUAUUAUUUCCUGAUAAAUUAUUACCGAUACAAAUUGAUUGGGUUCCAUCGGAUUUCAAUUUGAAAGUUUCUAAUGUUCAAUUGUCUAUCUAUGAAAAUAAUAACUCAUCACCUCGCCCAUCGUUUUCUCUACUUCGUUCAAUCGAUCUUCAAUCUCAUCGAACAAUUUAUCAACGUUUAUCAUCGUUUCGCUUUCAUUCAAAUCAAACUGUUCCACCAUCAUCAUCAUCAUCAUCGUCCGAUAUAUUUUUCGAUAUGUAUAAAUCCAAAAAAAGUUUUCGUAGAAGUCAACCAGGUGAACCUGAUUAUUACAUACAAAUAAUAGAUGGCGAUGAUGAAUUUAAUUUUGAAAAAACCUAUCAUCAACAACAAACAGACACUUUAACCGCUAUUGUUCAUAGUGGUGACGUUUCUUUUUAUUCAAUUAAAUCAUUCGAUCCAAUAGGAGCAUUUCAAUGA